AUGUAUUUGUAUUAUUAUUGUUGUGAUAUUAAAUAUGAAGAAGAAGAUAAAGAAGAAUAUGGAGAAAAGAUAGAAAAUGAAUGUAAUUGGAUAGGCAGAUAUUAUGAUAGAGAAAUUAGAGAAAUAAGAAUUGAAGAACAUAUUAAACAAUGUGUUGAUGAAUGUUUUAAUGGAUAUACAAGUUUAACAAAAAUAGAAUUAUCACCACAUCUCUAUAAACUUCCAUUUAAAUGUUUUAAUAAUUGUAAAUCAUUAAUAAAAAUUAAUAUUGAAUAUGUUACAUAUAUUGGAGAUAAUUGUUUUUCAAAUUGUACAAGAUUAAAAGAAAUACGAAUGAAUAAAGACAUUGGAUAUGUUGGGAAAUGUAGAUAUGAAAUACCAACAGAAGUCAAACGAAUAGGAAAUGGAUGUUUUGAAGGAAGUCAAAUUAAAGAAAUUACUAUUCCUUCAAAUGUAAGAGAUAUUGGAAAUGAUUGUUUUGGUUAUUGUACAAAUUUAACAAAGAUUGAAAUACAUGAAGGAAUUAAAGAAAUUCCAAAAGGAUUUAUGAAAUAUUGUGGACAAAUACAAAGAAUUGAACUUCCACAAAGUAUAACUAAAAUAAACACAGAAAGUUUUAAAGAAAGUAUAAAAUUAAAAGAAAUUAACAUUAAACCAAAUACAAUAAUAAUUGAAAAAGGAGCAUUUGAAAAAUGUCCAAAUAUUAAUUAUGAAUAA